AUGGGCGACAUGCCCCCGCCGCCCGUACCGGCCCGACCACUAGGCCGAAGGUCCAACGGCGCCUCGAUCCCUUUCUCGUCGACCUCGGAAAGCGUUUCCUCCUCCCCAUCCGUCCCCCCUCACGCCGUCUGCGGCCUACCGAUCAACCUUCUCGCCGGAGCUGCAACCUGCGAGCCCGCGUACACACACGAGCGAGUGCAGAGUCCGUGCUGGCGUGCUCGCUGCCCGUCGGCCGUCGCCUCGCACCGUCGGCCGUCCCCAAUCUCCCCCAAUUUCCGCCUCCCCCCCCCCCCCCGUUGGCGUGACGCGGGACAGGGCCUGAAGGCUCCGCAUCUCGAGGUGCUCCGCCUCGAGCUGUGUCUUCCUCGCUCGCCUCCUCCCUCCUCGCAGCCGUUCCUCGUCUCGCCGCCGCCCGGGCUCGCGAAUCUCGACCUCUCGCCCGCCAUGGCCGAGCCCAGCGGCCCCCUCAAGCCGGCCAACGGCCAUGGAAAACGGACCAAGCCCCGCCGCACGAGGCCCUCGAAAGCACCUCGUGGCUUCUUCCGCUCCCUCUUCAGCCUGCUCGCGAGAAUCGCCACCUGGGGUGCCAUCGUCACCAUCCUCUUCCGCUGUCCCUCGUCCCUCGAAGCCUGCGACGAGACCUCGCCCUACCUCUGCCGGCUGUACUUUGUCGCCAAGUCCGCCGUAUCCCCCCACCUGCAGCCGUACUACGACCGCUACGCCUUGCCGUACGUCGACGUCGCCGGGCCGUACUACGACGCCGUCAACGCGCGCCUUCUGACGCCCGCCCGUGUCUACGCCGCCCGCUACGGUGCCCCCCUCGUCCGCCAGGGUCGGGCCUAUGCUUGGACGCAAUGGGAGACCAACGGGCAGCCGCGGCUGGUCCGGAUCCAGGAGCUCUCGCGGGAACGCUACCGACAAUCCGUCGCGCCCCACGUCAACAAGGCCGCCGACCGAGUCGGACCGUACUACGACGCCGCCAGGACGAGCUCGCUGCGCCUCUUCCACGGCUACCUCCUGCCGAGCUACGAGUUUCUGCAGCCGUACGCCGCCCACGGGUAUGCCGUCGCCUCCGACUUCACCCUUCACACCGUCAUCCCCACCACCUACUGGGCCUGGAACAAGACCGUCGUCUUCCUCGACACCACCGUUUGGCCCCAGCUGCGCGUCGUGUACGUCGAGAGCGUCGAGCCGCAGCUGGUCCGCAUCGGGGAGCGCCUUGGCCGGCACAAGAUUAGUAGGACCAAGAUCCUCUCCGACUCCAUCGACGAGAGCACGACUGAGCCGACGCCGUCCGACGACGACGUGACUGCGUCCGAAUCCUCGACGGCCCUGACCCCGACGUCGACGGCCGAGAGCGCCUCGUCGGCCGCCGAGCCUCGGCAGCCGCAGCAGCCGGUCGAAAAGUACUGGAAUCCCGUCGAAGCCCCCGCCGCCGCCGAGGGCGAGAGCGACAAGCGACGGGCCGCCCGCGAGAUGGUCGCUCACGAUCUCGAGAUGUGGCAGAACAAGUUUGCCGCCCAGGCCGACGAGGGCGCCACCGACAUGGAGGACCGCAUCGACGAGAUCGCGCGCCGCAUGAUCGAGGAGCGCGCCAAGGCGACGGGAGGCGGCCUCGUCGAGACGCUGAGCCUGACGAUCGCUUCCGAGCUCGCCGACCUCAAGCGUACCAUUUCUUCCGUCGUCGAGGAUGCCGCCGGGGAUGGCGAGCAGAGAGCCCUCAGGGCCAUUCGCGAAGCCGGUGUCGCCAUCAAGAAGAAGGCUCAGCUCAUCCGAGGCUGGCGCGAGGACUACGAUGCCGACCUGCAAGAGACGGUCGUCAAGGCCGCCGACACUCAUUUCCAGAUCCUCGACGAGACCCGAGGCCUCGCCCUGCAGCAGAUUGGCAUGAAGUGGGCCUGGGCCGAAGGCGUCACCUACAAGGACUGGGCCAAGUACCACGAGCUCAAGAACACGCUCACGAACUGGACCGAGGAGCUCAAGCAGCUGAUCGUCAGCCACCCGACCCUUCUCGAGGCCCAGGAUGCCGCCGCCCAGGUCGAGGAGGAGGGCAUGACGAUGGCGGCGGCGGCGGCCAAGGAGCUGAGCCGCCUGAAAGAAGUGGCCCGCUGGAAGAUUCUGGCCAAGGACUCGACCGACGACUUUGACUCUGAAUCCAUGCGACGAGCCGCCGAAGCCGCCGAAGCCGCCGAAGCCGCCGAAGCCGCCGAAGCCGCCGAAGCCGCCGAAGCCGCCCAAAAGGCCGAGCAUGCGGAGGAGAUUGUCGGCGGCCCUUUGGAUGAUGCACCAGAGGCCGAGGAUGCUGUCGGCGAUGCAAAGCCUCCCGUCGAGGAGUCUCCUUCCUCUGUCCCCGAAGCCACCCGAGAACACGCCGGCGAAACGGCAGAGCAGGUGGCGGAGGAUGCUGGCGCGCCAUCUUUUCCUGUUGAAGAGAAACUCGAUGCGGCAGCCGAGAGGGCCGACGAGGCAUCGGCCAGUGCUUUCGAAAGCCAGGACGGGCAUGACACCUUUUCGAGCCCGGCUGGUGACUCUGAACCGACCAUUCCGAGUGCCGGAGAGCGAGUUGAUGCAGUAGCGGACGACGGAACUGCCGACGAGGUGCCAAGGACAGAGACGGAACCCGAGACGGAGGCGGAACCCAAGCCCGAGACGGAGACGGAGACGGUCAACCCCACGGAUCCCGAACCUGUUGAGAACUCCCAAGAACAUAAUAAUAAGGAAGCCGGCGACGAGGGAGAGAAAGACGACGGCACGGCCAGCGCUUCGGCGGCAUCGGCAACUGAUGCUGCCGAGGAACCGGGGCAGCAUGCCAAGGACGAGCUGUGA